UCCUGCCGUCCGCUCUGACUACAGUUUGGGAAUGAGCUGAGCUGCAUGCAUAAUAACACCGCACAGAGAAUUGGAUACAUUUGCGCGCUGUCUGUCUCUCGCUUUAUCUGAAGCAAAGGCAUUCUGGUGAUGACAUCAUAAAAACACGUGGACCAAGGGUUCACUGUCAGAGUAUAUUGAUGGGACUUAUCUCGUUGUUUGGUUCUUUAUGGGGCUCAAACUAAACUUCUGAGAAAAGUUUUUUUUUUUAAACGCUGCUGCGUUUGUGCAGACGGGAGAUAGAGAUGUCAUCUGGACAAGGAAUAUUGAACGUCUUCUCCUGCUCCACUCCAGCCUCCAAAGCCAUCUCCAAAAGGAAGUUGCGACAAACUCGGAGCCUGGACCCUGAUAUUAUAAGGAAAUGUGGCACAGAGACAGAUGGAACCCGUGGGGACCGCUUGUGUUUACCGGGUUUGCGCGUUGAGGAUGCAGGUGCGUUUUCAUCCUCGCCAAGCUCCCCUGAGCACCAGGUUGCGUUGAAAUCAGAUCCCCGUUCCAGAAAUCUCAGCGUGAAACAACCCCUUUCGUCUUUAUCUGGUCCCUCCACACCCUUGGACAUCUCCCCGACAUCAAACUUUCCCUUUGACUAUGACGUGACUGUGAGGGGCACAAAGCGGAAUACAGCGUGGGAUUUACCGUUUCUGGUGAGGAGCCCCAGCGUCACUCCAACUGGGAGCACGAACACAUUAUUCUCACCGCGGAGAUGGCUUCAGAAGAAGCAGCAACAGUCCAGUUCUCACGCCUAUAUCGUUUGGAAGUCGGAGGGUGACUUCACCUGGAACAGCCUGUCAGGGCGGAGUGUACGGCUGACGCCGACGGCCAUCCAGAGCCUGUCGGAGCUGGAACGGACCUGGCUACAGGAGGUAGCCUUCAACAGGCUCCAUCAAGACUAUGACCUGGGCUGUCAGAUCACCAUCCCCAAAGAUGGACAGAAAAGGAAGAAGUCGCUGAGGAGGAAGUUGGACUCUUUGGCGAAAGAGAAAAAUAAAGAUAAAGAAUGCAUCCCCCAGGCCUUCGGUAUGGCCCUGUCCCAGGUAAUCGCCAACGACCGGACCCACAGGCAGCGCCAGGACGGCCUGCGUCAGGACCCUCCGCACAGGGAGGAGCAUAAGGACCCGUCGGACCUGGUGUCGUCCAUCCUGCAGUUUGCCACCAAGAGGUCCACCAAUAAGGAGCUGUCCAGCAGUAACUCCUCCCUCAGCUCCACCUCGGAGACAGCUAACGAGUCCACGUCGCCCAACACGCCCGAGGCUGCCCCGCGGGCGCGCAGGAGGGGGGGCAUGUCAGUGGACUCCAUCACAGACCUGGACAAUAACCAAUCCCGCCUGUUGGAGGCGCUGCAGCUCUCUCUGCCCGCUGAAGCGCCCAGCAAGAAGGAGAAGCACCGGGACAAGAGGCUGAGCCUGAACCCUAUCUACAGACAGGUGCCUCGCCUAGUGGACAGCUGCUGCCAGCACCUGGAGAAGUAUGGUCUUCAGACGGUGGGGAUAUUCCGAGUGGGGAGCUCCAAGAAGAGAGUGAGGCAGGUGAGAACCUGGGAGAGGCACUUUUUGAUACUUCUCACACGUUGCUGCACAACGCUGUUGUUUCAGCUCACCCUGAGGGAGGAGUUUGACCGGGGAGUGGAUGUCCAGUUGGAUGAGGAGCACAGUGUCCACGACGUGGCCGCGCUGCUCAAGGAGUUCCUCAGAGACAUGCCUGACCCUCUCCUCACCAAGGAGCUCUACACUGCCUUCAUAAACACCAUGUUGCUGGACUGUGAGGAGCAGUGGAGCGCCACCCAGCUCCUGGUUUACCUGCUGCCAGCCUGUAACAGCGACACCCUGCACCGCCUCCUGCAGUUCCUCUCUACCGUGGCCAACCACGCCCACGACAGCCAGGACAAAGACGGACAGGAGGUGACGGGGAACAAGAUGACCUCUCUGAACCUGGCCACCAUCUUUGGUCCCAACCUCCUCCACAAGCAGAAGAGUUCAGACAAGGAGUUCAGUGUGCAGAGUUCGGCCCGCGCAGAGGAGAGCACUGCUGUUAUCGCUGUCCUCCAGAGGAUGAUCACAACCUUCCACUCCCUCUUCAUGGUGCCCCCCGACCUGCAGAAUGAGGUCCUAAUGACUUUACUGGAGACUGAUCCUGAUGUGGUAGACUAUCUGCUCAGGAGAAAAGCAUCACAGAGUCCGGACGUGUUGCGAUCGGAGGAUCCUUUCUCCCUGAGCGAGAGGCGCUCAUCCAGUGACUCCAACAAGGUCUCCAGUGGAGAGCUGUCCCCCUAUGACAACAACUCCCCCAUCCUGUCUGAGCACCCGGGGGAAGGGAACAGCCCAGGGUCAGAGAGGCUCUUUCAUGUCCCAGAACAGUACACCCUGGUGAGUCAGGUGGCAGGACGGACACGGGACACCCAUGGGUCCAAUCCCUGGGUCUCAAAAGAGGAGCAUGCUAAUAUCUGGGGAGCCUGGCAUUCCACUCUGAAACCAGGGCUGAAGGACCAGCCUUAUGCAGGUUCCCAUAGCAACAUGUCAGAGGGCAGCUCACGCAGCUCCCAGGAAGGACUUGACUGUCUCCAAGGCGAUGCCAGGCAGGUGGUACGACAGACACAGACCUCGCUGGGCGUGGCUGAGUGCAGGCCCCACCCCCCUGUGACACGGGUCUGCAGCAGCCCUCACGGCGAGGCGGGACGGCCGCUCCUCCUGCUGAGCCUCAACCCUUUGACCCCACCCCAUCCGCACCUCGACAGCCAAUCAGCAGCCAGCAGCGCAGAGGACCUCCCCCAGGGCAUUAGACACCAGGCUAUUCCCAGCCCUAACUCUGGCCACUCGGGUCCCGCCCUCUCAGGGCGUCCUCCCCCUCCCCCGUACAGCGGCUCGUCCUCCAGGCUCUCCCCUGCUGCCUCUAAACCAGCCCAGCCUGUCUCCCACUCCCCCGCAGCACCCCUUCACCAGCACCCCCUGCAGGGUGGGGGGCCAACGGUGCCACAGAACUCAGCCUCCCCCACCACUUACAGCAUGGUACCCAUGAGCCAGGAGUGGCAGGACUGGCAGAGGGACAGAUGGCAGAUCUGGCAACUCCUGUCCUCGGAAAACGCAGACACACUCCCAGAGACACUGGUGUAAGCUGGACCAUCGGACCGUGGGGUAGUGUUAGCCAUCCCUCCCUCCAUCCCUCCCCUCCGUCCUUCCCCCCAAACAUGGACGCCAUGGGGUUGUUUACAUGUGCAGCUGCUGCCUAACUACGGACUUGGUACGGAGUCACAAGUGUUUCCUGUUUGCUAUGUAUAGAUCCGCGAUUGAUGUUGUAUCCUGGGGACCCCUUUGCUUGUUAUUAAAUACUCUCUCUGAGCUGUUUGAGAGGAUCAAAACUAACUGUCAGCAAGACAUACCUCAAACGUCAAGUUUAUCAAUUUGAUUCACAGUUAUUACUGCAUGUCCACAUUUCGAUAAGGCCCCAGUUUAAAUGGAACUGAAUGUAAUAUGUAGAGGUGACUUUUGAAGACAGGAAAGUUUAACAUUUAUGGCAACAAUUGAUAAAAGCUACAGUCAAUUUACAUGACCAAUCCUACCCUUAUAUAUUUACUGAAGUCAUCACAUAUAUUAGUGAUCGCUGCUAAUUAUUCAGAGAGUAUUUACUUGCUGAUAAUAUAUCCCGGUAAGUAUCGUACGAGUUUGUAUGAACAGAGUUUUAUUCAAUGUCAGUCACCAAGUAACAGAGCCCACAAUACAGUUUUUGCAACAGUUUGUAUAUAAGCAUUCUAAUGCAUUUUAGGUCGGCCUAGCUAAAAAAAAUUUUUACAGGCUGUCUAAAUGUUUGUGUUGUGUGGUUUUAACACGGUUUAAAAAGAUAACGUCUGUCAAAGCUUUUACUGAACAAAGUUGGGUUCUAAAAGAAAACUAUUAUUGCGAUCAGUACAGUAAUGUGCCACGUGCCAAAGUUCCUUUCCUCUCUCUUUUCAUCAAAUGUUUUUUGGCCGUCUAUAAACUCUCAUCUGCUUUCUCUCAUUCCGUAGUUAACAUUGUUCUUUUAGCUAUUGGAUUUCACUUCACCAUGGUUGCUACAGCAUGGCUUAUCGUACAAGGUCAAAUCAACAUGAUUCAUUCCAGUGAUCUCCCUCAUUCCAUUAGGUGGUUGAUGUCAAGGUUAAUGGCUGCAUAGGAGUAUUUUUGGAAGCAGAUUAAAAAGACAAGUUCAUUGCUGGCCUGACAGGUUCAUUACUUUACCUCUCACUGUAUUUGCCUGAUUGAUAUGGGAUUUCAACUAGAUAUUUGCACUUACUCUACUGUGGACGCUGGGAAUUGCCCAAUUUUUUGGGGAUUCUUCCUUUUCAACAACAAAACAAACACGUCUCUUGCUUUUGUCAUUACGUGCACUGUCUGCCUCUAUAACUUACCUUUUUGCUCCCAAAUACAUUAGUAGUCUCCAAUCAUUUCCCAGUUUUGUGGAUAUUUGCUGGCAAAUAUUGCAUACUUUCCAAAUGGCAGUUUGGGUGGUUAUGUUUGUUUCAAUCCGUCCACAUGUCAGAGGAAUUUGAUGUGUGAUAGACAUUGGAAUUAUUUACAAGGAUUCACACAUUUCUACAUGUCUUUGCAGAGUCCCACAAAAUGACAGUACUUGUUUCGAAAACGUGUCCCAUCUUUACUUCUAUAAAAAAAAAGCUUUCAACAGCUUGUGUUUCUAAGCCCUAUUCUGAAUGUCUGUGUGUUUGGAGUCAAGUAUGCCAUAGAUCCAUGCUCUUUGAAAAUGAUUUGAUACCCCACAUUGCUUUGUGGUUGUCAAUGAUUUUUUUGUAGCAUGUCAUCCAAGAUUAUUUUUUUUCUUAAUAACUAUCAUGUCUGUUCAGUACUGUAACAUAUGAAAUAACAAUUUUUACUCCCCAAAAAAAUCUACAAACACAUGUAUAAGGCCCGAGUUUUGACCUGAUGUUAGCUUUUGUAUUGUGUGUCGUCUUAAAUAUGCCAUGGUGGAAUUAAACGUGAAAGAAGGUG